AUGGAUGAAAAGGAAAUUAUUGGGAAAUUCACACAAUUCAAAAAUUGCUGCAAAAUAAUAUGGUCUGUAGCAGAUAAUAAUAUCGAAGAAAUAGUUUCCCAAAUGUCUGAAUUCAUAGAAAAUAAAAUUAUUGAAAUUGAAACAGUAUUUUAUUAUUUUGGUUUUAAAUGUGCCGCAAACCCGCUUUUAAUCCGAUCGAUAUUCACGGUUCUGAAAUCAAUUUAUCAAAAAUUUAAAGUAAAUCAAAUUCAUUCAACAAUUUAUUCAGAAGAUCUUCACGAGCUCCUGCAGAAAUAUAAAAUGAUGGAAUGCAAACAUGAUAUCUCAUGUGAUGAAGAAAAAAUUUAUGACGUUUAUGAUAAAAAUUCAGUUAAUUAUUUUCUUUUGCACGAUGAUGUGGAAAAUUUGAUUAAAUUUGUCGAAGAAAACGGCAUGGAUGUCGUAGUUAGUAUAGAAGAAUUCAUUCAAUUAUUAGUAUUUAGUAAUAUAUUAGAUAUAGCAGCUUUUUAUGGUUCAGAAAACUGUUUUAAAUUCUUGUUGAAUUCAGGAAUGAAACCAGGAAGAGAAACUUUUUAUGCAGCAAUUUGCGGAGGUAAUUUUACAAUUAUCUCGAUUGUUGAUCAGAUCCAAAAUAAAGCUGAUGGAUAUUGUGCAGACUUAAGUGUUUUAUUUCAUCAUAACGAUGUUUAUGAAUUUUUGCAUUCGAAGUACAAUGUUGAAUGUUGUUGGUUGUCGCCAAUUAAAUCGGGAAAUAUUGAUAUAUUCGAGGAAAUGAUGGAAAGUAAUUGCAUGAGAAGAGAUCGAACAGGAAAGUAUCCAUUAAUUUCAGCAACUUCGGUAAAAAUUAAAGAACUUAUUCCUUAUAUAAUUCUUAAAGCAACACAUCCAGAUAUAAUGGAUUCCUCAGAAGAUACUUCAUUAAUGAUUGCAUGUAAAAAUGGAGAUUUAGAAGCAGUUAAAAUACUAAUUGAAAAUGGUGCAAAUAUUAACUUUUGCAAUCAGUUUGACAUGUCAGCGCUUUUGUUUGCUGCUGAUUAUCACAGAUAUAAUGUAUUUGAAUACUUAAUGAAAAAUGGCGCUGACUUAAAAGCAAAAGAUUCGCAAGGAAAUGAAUUCCCGAUAAUGAUACAUUUGAUUGGAAAUGAUAGUGAAACAAAUGAAGAAACUCUAAUAUUUUACAAGAGAGUACUCAAUUGUGGUGUAAAUAUUAACGGUAGAGGACUAAAUGGUGAUACUCCACUUCAUAUUGCUGUAAUGAAUAACAAUGUAAGCCUAGUUAGAUUCUUACUGGAAAACGAUGCAGAUAUAUCUAUAAAGAAUGAAAUGAAUCAGGAUCCUUUGCAAAUUGCAGAAGAAAAUGCUUAUCAAGAUAUUAUAGAUAUAUUGGUCAAAGAGAUUUAA